CCAGUCACGAUGAUGGCGGCCACCAGCCUGUGGUGAGCUAGCGGAUUCUCUGCUUGUCUCGAAGCGCUUCUCGAGCUUCCUGCACACUCAGGGGCUGGUGCUGAGGAAGCCAGGCGGCCUGAUCUCGCGGGAAAGGCCGCAGUCGCGGAGGCAGCCGCGCGGCCCGAGGCCACGGCGGGGGGAGAGGCCGCCCCGCUGGGCGAAUGUGACAAAUCCCCACCCCCACCGUCUUCCUUCCGAGCGCACGAGGAGCGCGGGCGACCCCAGGGCCACGCCAGGCCACAGACCCCCCCCAGCGGCCAGCACCUGGAGCAGGCCCGGCAGCGGAGCUGCGCCGCGGCACCAUGCAGGUCACCCUGAAGACUCUCCAGCAGCAGACCUUUAAGAUCGACAUCGACCCGGAGGAGACGGUGAAAGCACUGAAAGAGAAGAUUGAAUCUGAAAGGGGGAAAGAUGCCUUUCCUGUAUCUGGUCAGAAGUUAAUUUAUGCAGGUAAAAUCCUCAAUGAUGAUACUGCUCUAAAAGAAUAUAAAAUUGAUGAGAAAAACUUUGUGGUGGUUAUGGUGACAAAACCCAAAGCAGUGACAACACCAGCACCAACAACGACGCAGCAAUCAAAUCUUACCACCACUACCACAGUUAGUUCCUCCACAGCACCAGCUGUGGCUCAGGUCCCAACCCCCACCCCUGCUUUGGCUCCCACUCCUACUCCCACUCCCACUCCCACUCUUACUCCUACUCCUACUCCUACUCCUACUCCCACUCCCACUCCCACUCCCACUCCCACACCUACAUCUAUCACUCCAGCAUCAGCGACAGCAUCUUCUGAACCUGCACCUGUUAGUGCCACAAAACAGGAGAACCCUGCAGAACAGCCAGCAGAAACACCAGUGGCUACUAGCCCGACAUCAACUGACAGUACAUCAGGAGAUUCUUCUCGGUCAAAUCUUUUUGAAGAUGCAACAAGUGCACUUGUGACAGGUCAGUCUUACGAGAAUAUGGUAACUGAGAUCAUGUCAAUGGGCUAUGAACGAGAGCAAGUAAUUGCAGCCCUGAGAGCCAGUUUCAACAACCCUGACCGAGCAGUGGAGUAUCUUUUAAUGGGAAUUCCUGGAGACAGAGAAAGUCAGGCUGUGGUUGAUCCCCCUCCGGUAGCUACUACUGGGCCUCCUCAGUCUUCAGUGGCUGCAGCUGCAGCAACUACGACAGCAACAACUACAACGACAAGUUCUGGAGGACAUCCCCUUGAAUUUUUACGGAAUCAACCUCAGUUUCAACAGAUGAGACAAAUUAUUCAACAGAAUCCUUCCCUGCUUCCAGCAUUGCUACAACAGAUAGGUCGAGAAAAUCCUCAAUUACUGCAGCAAAUUAGCCAACACCAGGAGCAUUUUAUUCAAAUGUUAAAUGAACCAGUUCAAGAAGCUGGUGGUCAAGGAGGAGGAGGAGGGGGUGGAGGAGGCAGUGGAGGAAUUGCAGAAGCUGGAAGUGGUCACAUGAACUACAUUCAAGUAACGCCUCAGGAAAAAGAAGCUAUAGAAAGGUUAAAGGCAUUAGGAUUUCCUGAAGGACUUGUGAUACAAGCAUACUUUGCUUGUGAGAAGAAUGAGAACUUGGCUGCCAAUUUUCUUCUACAGCAAAACUUUGAUGAAGAUUGAAAGGGACUUUUUUUUUUUUUUAAUUUCACACUUCACACCAGUGCAUUACACUAACUUUGUUCACUGGAUUGUCUGGGAUGACUUGGGCUCAUAUCCACAAUACCUGUAUAAGGUAGUAGAUUGUUGGGGGUGGGAGGGAGGGAUCUAGGAUAAAUACAAUGCAUGUCUGCUUCAAUUAGCAGAUGCUGCAGAUCCACACAGUGUGUAAAAUAGACAACCAAAAAGCAGCUUUUGCAGGUCUCUAUCUCUUGUAUAAAACAGUAGGUAACUUCCUAGGUUUCACUCUUUUUAGUGUACUAGAUCCAGAAAUUUAGUGUAAUGCCCUGCUUUAUAUUUCUUUGACUUAACAUUGGUUUCAGAAAGAAUCUUUGCUAUCUAGAAUCUACAGUCUCUAUUUCAUGGCAACACUGGAUAAUGGCUUUAUGAAAUUGAAACAAAUUUGGAACAACUGCAAAGAGAUGCCAAAUAAUUGAUGGUUAUUGUUGCUGCUUCAAAUAAGUAUAAAAUUAAUGUCAAGAAAGCCCAUUCUUUCAUGUUAAAUACUUGGGUUGGGGUGGAGAAGAAGGGGAACCUUUUCUUAAAGUGAAAAUACUGCUAUUUUAAAAUCUCUUGAUCAUUGAAUGUGAGACCCUUCUGACAUGAUUUGAGAAGCUGUACAAGUAUAGGCAGAGUUAUUUCCUGUUUACAUUUUUUUUGGUUUGUUUGGGGGGAAAUUGGUAGGUGUCUAAUUACUGUUUACUUCCUUGUUAUAUUGCAGUAAAAGUUUUAAAACCACCAUUGCAUGUUUGCUUUUGAUGUGUCCCUUUGUGGAAUUAGCACUUUGGGACCAAUGGAGAAAUGCAGCGCCCACUCUCCUUUGUCCCUUCCCUCAGCAGAACCAUGCUUGUCACCAAGUUGUGAGUUCAAACUGCUGCCUUUCUUAACCCCACAAAGGCUGAUUCAGUUCAAAAUUAAUGCAAAUGUUUUAAAUCUGGGUUUCUGAUAUUUGUAAGUGUUUUUCCUUAUUAGAAAAGAAUGUAUGGCCAUUAAAUUGCUUUCAAAAAGAGAAGGUGGACAGAACUAUAAUCCAGCAUCUUUUAUUUGAAAAACUGAGGAAAUCUUUUGGAAGGGUUGGGAGUUGAGGCUGGAAAAGUACUUUGAAAAAUAUACAAUCAAGAUAUCUCGUAGCAUAUUAAAGGAAAAUUCUUAAUAGCAA